UGGGUGGGGGGUUAAGUGAAGAGAGAUGGAGAGAGGACAAGCCACAGCUCGGCCGGAUUUGAGAAGGCUCUUCUCGGCUUGUGAUGUGAACCGGUCGGGGCUGAUCGAGUUGGAGGACUUCACCAGUCUGUGUCGGGACCUGAACGUCGGUCAGUCCCAGAUCCACCCACUGUUCCAGAGGUUGGACGUGGACCGCGACGGCUCCAUCAACUUCAGCGACUUCGCCGCCGGCUUCGAGGAGUUCUCGGAGAUCUACGACCUCUCCUCUCUGGCAGCCGCGGAGGGUUCGCAGUUUGCGCCGCCGUUCGCUUGCGAUGAGUUGGAGGAGCGGUUCGGGAAGGAGGUGCGGUACCUGCGCAGCCGGGAGAAGCUAGCUGAUUUCUACCAACAAAUUCGUCUGCAUACUGAUCGUGGUAUGGUUCAAGAGUGUGAUCAAUUGGUCAUCGCUUUGAUAAAAGACAAUAAGAUCCAGAUCACAGAGUCGGAGAAGUUGGAAUUGAUGCUGAAAAGAACGGUGGAAAAGGCCACGGCACAGUUGGUUGAAAUGGAUGAAGACAUGCAAUAUCAGGCAACCAGACUGGAGGAGAAAAUCCGAGCAGAGGAGCAGUCAAAACUGGAGGCAAAAGUGGUAGAGGUGCAGAAACAACAUGAAGCUGAAGUGACUGAUCUGCAGGCCGUCAUUGACCGGAUGAAAAAGUUUGAAGACGAGUUCUGGCAAUCGAAUUCCAGAGGUGACAUUACUGUACUGAAGCAACAACUGGAUGAAUUGAAUCAGGAAAAUUCGCAUUUAAGAAGCUCCCUUCUUGAGAACCGAACCAAUUACUCCAUCCUUCAAGUUGAAUUGGACAAAGUUAAAAAUGAUCUUGCAGCUCACCACCUUGAUGAGCAACGAACAAAGGAAGUGAUGGAGAAACUAACUGAAGAGAACCAGGCAUUUUCAAGUCAAUUACAGAUGCUUCAAGAAGCCAAUUCAAUUCUUUACGAUAGCAAUGAUGGGUUGAGAACUGCGUUGGAGUCUAAUCCUGGUCUAAAGAAAAAGAAGCAUUCCCCAGAUGAACCCUUGGUGACAAGGGUGAAGUUGCAACAGGAAAAUGGAACGCCAGUCAUCAGCUACAGCAGCUACAAUGGUGAUCAAGAGUCUAUGGAGGAUGAUGAGGAAAAAUACAAAUUGAGAGACAGAAUUUCUGACGUGGAAAUCUGGGCCAAUUGUCUGGACAGACAUGGGUCAAAGUUGGAUUCGUAUUCAGAUGCUGAUUAUGACAGUGACUGCAGUGAUGGGUCUCAGCAGACAAUGCAAUACAGCUAUUCGUGUGUACUAUCAGACAGUGAGAGAUCUGAAACUGAUACAGAUAGACUGUCUCGCCCGAUCAGCCGCUGCAGCUCUACAGCAUCUUCCAGAAGACGCCUCCCAGCAUUCUCACCACAGAAAAGGGGAGGUAUGGCAGAUCAUAUCCAAACAGAUGGUCCACUCUAUAGGCUUGUCCUUGCAGGAGAUGCUGGUUCAGGGAAGUCUAGCUUUCUACAACGUCUCUGUAUGAAUGAGUUCAAAGGAGAUAUUCCUACAACAUUGGGAGUGGAUUUUCAAGUCAAAAAACUGUUAGUUGAUGGUGAAGUUACCACAUUACAGAUAUGGGACACAGCUGGUCAGGAGAGGUUUCGCAGCAUUGCUAAAUCUUAUUUCCGAAAAGCUAAUGGUGUAUUAUUACUAUAUGACGUGACUUCACAGAAUAGUUUCCUGAAUGUCCGGGAGUGGAUUGACGAAGUUAAGAAUGCUACUGAUACACCGGUACCAAUCAUUUUAAUUGGGAAUAAAACAGACUUGAGAAAUGAAAUGCCUAAAACAAAGUCCGAUAGUGUAUUCCCAGCUCAUGGAGAAAAGCUCGCUAUGGCCUACAAUGCAUUGUUUUGUGAAACAAGUGCUAAAGAUGGGACCAAUGUUGUGGAGGCUGUUCUGCAUUUGGCCAGAGAAGCUAAAAAGAAUGCAAAAGAUAGAAAUGAUGCUGAAUCUACAACCAAGCUACCACUGAACAAACCUGCAAUAGCCUUGAACAAUUGUUGCAAAACAUAGAACGCUAAUGGACUGAGUUCCAUUCAAAACAACUUUUCACAAGAUUUGUGAUUUUUGAAAUUAAUCACAAAUGCCUUUUUUUUUUACAAACUAUUGCUCAUGUGAGAGCAGCACUUGCAUCACUAUUUUUAUUGCUGAUAUGUUUGGCAGAUGAAACUUUAUUUAUCUGAGGUACUUUGCUUUAAAUGUUUAUGUGUAUAUAUUUGAAAUAAAACACUGAUUUAUUUACUUUGUCACUUUAUUAAAGGGAACACCUUUCUUUCUUUAAGAAAAACUAUGUAAACUAAAACACUAUUAAAAUGAAGGAUUUUCAAGAAUUCAUGUAUCUAACAGUAAGAGGUAUUGUAGAUUUAAUUUGGAAUUUAAAUAAAGGUUGUGAUAAAC